AUGCGCAUGGGAGAGUCAGGUAUAGGGGUGGCAGGGGCGGGAGAGGCAGGGGAGUUGGGUUUCGUGUUGCAGGGGCCCCAGCAGCAGCAGAGCGUGUGGAUGGAGAGGGACCCGUUAGUGAGUGAUCCGUUUGAGGAGGAGGAGCUGGGAUUCGAGUGUGAGGUGGGGGAGGAGCCGCAGCAGCAGGGCGUGUGGGCGGAGGGAGGGGCUGGGUUUGCAAGUGAGGAGGAAUUCGAGGACUUUGUGAGGGAGGCAAGCGAUUUCUCUGCACAGGCCUCUGCUCUGCGAAUAGGGCUUAUCGCGCUUAUGGAUGAGGAGAGUCCGUCUGGUGCCUCUGCUGCUGCUGCUUCUGCUGCUCGCGGUGGUGCUGGUGGUGACGCUGGUGCUACUGCUGGCGCUUCUGCUGCGGCUCCAGCCACUUCCUCCCUUGAAGCCGCCGCAGCGUCAUCAGCACCUAUACCUCCUGCUUUCUCAUCAGCCACAGUGGCAGCGGUAGCUCCUGCAGUAUCUGCCACUUGUGCAGCACCUGUGCCCGCUGCUAGCGAGCGCCUAGAUUCGCAAGUACUGGAUUCUCUAGGCAAGCCGUCUGCCAGGCGGUUUCCUGCUGACUACACUGGUUACGAUGAUCCUGGUGGUUACAGUUCCUAUGCUGGCUAUAAUGGCUACAGUGGCUACGGCAGUGAAUACGGUGCUAGUAUUACUGCUAACGCUGAUAACGGUGCUGCUGCUGCAUCUGCCAAUGGUGGCGAUGGUGGGAGCAGCAGCGGGUAUGCUGCCUCCUCUUUGGCAGACAGGCUUGACAAACCUCACAUGCCUCUCUGCACCUUGCCACGAGUGGAGGCUGCUGCAGGCGCCUGCUGUGCUCGUGGCCCCUCCUGCCCCUUCCCCCAUGGGGACCUCUGCCCCCACUGCGGCCGCUACUGCCUGCACCCGGCCAGACCCACAGAACGGGAGGAGCACAUGAAAGAGUGUUUGCGGUUACAGAGGAAGGUGCAAGCGUUGAAGCUAAGCUCAGAGAUUGAGUGCAGCGUGUGCCUGGAGCGCGUGCUGGGGAAGGCCCGCCCUGCCGACCGCAAGUUUGGCAUUCUCUCGCACUGCGACCACCCCUUCUGUGUGGCGUGCAUUCGCAACUGGCGGGCUGCUGGGCAGCAGGAGAGUGGCGAGUCAGUGCCUCUGGACCUCGACAACGCAGUGCGGGCCUGCCCUGUGUGCCGCGUGCGAUCACACUUUGUCACUCCCAGUGUGGUGUGGUUCUUCAGUGAAGAGGAGAAGCAGGCAAUCAUCGAAGGAUACAAGAGAAAGCUCAAGAGCACUGACUGUCGCUAUUUCAACUACGGCAAUGGCCAGUGCCCCUUUGGCACCAGCUGCUUUUACAAGCACGCAUAUCGGGAUGGGCGGCUGGAGGAGGUGAAAUUGCGGCACUUGUCUUCUGCUGAUGGGAGCGCUGUCAUUUCAAGAGACAUCAGGUUGUCUGAUUUCUUGGCGCUCGUCGCAUGCCGUCGCGCGGCGGCCGUCGUGCUUCUGGUGGAAGGCAAGGAGUGCUUAACGGAGCACCUAGAAGCGAACGAGGCGGUGACGGGAAGCUUCGUGGUUAUUGACGUGGACAGCGCGUGGCUUAGCGAGGCUGGAACCAUCGACUUCGAGAUCAUAGGCCCGCAUAAUCUAAAACUCUACAGUGCGAAGCGCAAGGCAGAGGACAAUUUCCAGUUCCGGUCCAUGUACUCGGGCGACUACAGCUUCUGCAUGGAUAACACGGACCACAUGGCUGCUACUGUGCAGCUGAGCUACCACAUCGGGCACAAACCACACACCCAUGAGGUGGCCAAAGAUGAGCACAUGCAGGGAGUGCUUGGGCAGGUGGAGUCAAUCCGGUCUGGCCUGGUUCUCGUGCAGCAGGAUCAGGCUUACUUCCAAGCCCGCGAUGAACGACGUCGGAGAACAAAUGAGAGCACCAAGCAGCGUGUAUUUUGCCGGCCGUCCGAUGGCCGACGCGAGACCGCUUUUGUGUUGUCCGGAAAUAAGAGCGGAAAAUUCGCCAGUGGCUCCGUUUCCCAGCAGACCAACGUGACACUACCGAGGAUUAAGCUUACAUCGAAGCCUCCACGCCAGCCCGCGUCGCAGCGGCUGUCUGUGCGAGCCUCGGCAGUUUCGAGGGACGGCGGCUCUCGCGAGGUGUGGGAGCUGCCGCCGUCGUGGAGCGACUUUCCCAUUGUGCGCACUAUCGCGGGCGUGGCGGUACUCUUCGCGAUAGAGCGCGCGCUCGCCGCCAGUGUGCGCGCCUACAGCUUCCCCGUGCCCGCGCCCGUGCUGAUGCUGGCAGGAAUUGGCGCGCUUAUGGCGACCGGGCUGAAAGAGGCGGAGUUGGUGUACGAUUGGUGCUACCCAGCCAUCUCGUUCUUCGACCAAUGGAUGCCACUCUUCUUCGUCCCCUCCGUGGUAAGCCCUUCGUCCCCUCCGUGGUAA